AUGAGGUCAUUUGGGUAUCAUUAUUUUGAUCAGACCAGGAUUGCCAAGGAGAUCAUCCGUGGGGCAGGAGUUCAUGUCCCAGAAUAUUUAUCUGAACGGAAUGAUGAAUUACACAAGCUUUUGUGUGAAUCUGUCAAAAAGAAGAGAUUUUUACUUGUUCUUGAUGAUAUGUGGACGGACGACAAUACCAAGUGGGAACCUUUCAGACUCUCCUUUAAAAAUGCCGCACAAGGAAGUCGAAUUCUGGUGACCACUCGAUUGAUUCAAAUUACAGCCACCCCUCUUAUCGGAGACAUACUGCUGGGAACUUUUAAGUCAUCUAGCUUUUCAGGGGAAAAAAUGCCGAUAAACUAUGUAACAAAGCUUGGAUAA